CUAGAACGUCAGAGGUAACUGGAGUGAAGAUAAAAAAGAGAGCUAGCUGGCUGGCUAUGCUAUCUAGGUGCCUAGGUAGUAGCUAGCUAAUGCAGUCGACAGACCUCAAAUAGGUCACCGCUUUCGAUGAUCGGAUCACAGGACAAUCUUUGGUAAACUUCGCGAAGUCUUGGUGGUGGGCGUGCGGAGAACAAAGUACCGUGCCAUCUUUGGGCUUUGGGUCUGGCUUUGUUAAUUGGAACGCGCGGAUGCUUUUCCGAGAUUUCGAUUGCGAUCUGGGUGCCUUCCGUCUAUUGAUCUCGGAAAACGAGUGGGUGGGGGGGAGUAGCAUUGUGUUUGGUAUCGUGUCUUGCAUCGACUUUGUGCACAAUCCCUUGAAGCAGAGGAGACGGGAGCUCGGGCGAAUACUAGAUUUGAGAUCGACAUAUAAAUAUUGAUCACCCCAUCGAAGGAUAUUAACGACGAGAUCAUAAAACAAACACAACAUCAUACGACACAAAGGGUGGCGGUUGGAUUGAAUGGUGAAUUGGAGAAGGAAAAAGUCAAUGGGAGCUGUUUGCACCAAUCCCAAAUCCAUGGGGGAGCAAGUGGAGGAAGAAAAUGGCAGAGCAAAUAGUCCACCAGAUGAGAAUAAAAAUGUUCCCGGAGACUUGAGAUAUUCGGAUAAUGGUAAUGAUGGCCCAUUGAUACCAGACGACAAUGAUGAAGAGGAAAUGGAGAAUGAUGCGAUUGCUGCGAGGGAAACCGUGCAGAAGGAAAUUGAAGACCAUAGAAGACGGGCUGCUUAUACCAAAUCUGUUUUUCAUCAUGCUCAAACGGAUCGAGAUACAGUAAAUUCCACUCGCUCUCUCUACGAUUCAGAUGUGGUAUAUCUACAACAACACGGUCGAGUUUACGUGGGAGAUUAUUAUAUGCCAAUCGAUGAGGAAGAACUCGAUCGUUUACGCAUCAUCCAUCAAAUAUAUCUCCAGAUCUUCGACAACCAACUUACGACCGUGCCUCUCAAAUCUCCAACUCGCAUUCUCGAUAUUGGAACAGGAGCUGGUGAUUGGGCCAUGGGAAUGGGUGAUCUGUGGCCCUCGGCCGAAAUCAUAGGGACGGAUAUCGCCAAAGUCCAACCUACAGCCGUUCCCUUCAAUGUCUUUUUCGAAAUCGACGAUGCGGAAGAAGAAGGUGGAUGGACAUGGCCUGCUAAUGAGUUCGAUCUCGUGCAUCUGCGGAAUAUGGCCGGAGCAUUUAGCGAUUGGGAUCACAUAUAUUCCGAAGCAUUUAUUCAUCUCAAACCCGGUGGGUGGAUCGAAAUUAUGGAUUUUGAUGACCACGCAGCUUUUCUCACGUUUUUCGACAAAGAUAGUCCCAUGCCCGCCCUUCUGCACGCUUUAGGAGAAGCGGCGCGAAUAGCUGGACGGCCACGUGGAAUUGCACAUCUUCAGCCGGAAAAGUUGGAGAACUUGGGAUUUGUAGAUAUUGAAGUUAAGGAAUUUGGGAUUCCGAUGGGUCCUUGGCCAGAUGAUAAAACGCAAAAGACGAUGGGGAAAUUGUGGUUGGUGUCGAUGUUGAGCGCGUUGGAAGCGUCAACGUUGCGUUUAUUGACGCAGGCUUUGGGGUGGGAGGAAGAAGAGGUUAGGAGGAUAUGUGUGUCUAGUGGAGAGGAAAUGAGGAGGGUCAGUUUGGAUGUUGAGAGGGCGAGGGGCUUGAAAACUGUAGCGAGGGUUUUGGUGGGGAGAAAGCCGGGGUGGGAGGUGGAUGCUGAUGCUAAUGGGGAAAGUGUGGUCACUGAAACUCGGACGAUUAAUGGUGAUGGGAAUAUAAAAUUGAGUGGCGAAUAGAAUUCGCUCGCAUGCAUACUACUUUCGUCUACUAGUGUAUUCGGGAGUCGAGGAUCUCAUUUCAUCUAUCUAUCUAUACUGUACAGAUCUGGGAGGUAUCUUGCAAUUUUGUCAUGAUAAUAGUCUUCUCAUUCUGGGUGGUAUUAUCUCUUUCAGCGAGCGAGCGAAUUAGCAAGCAAGCGCGGCAUUUUGAUGUUAGAAAAGCAUGUACUUCACUUCACUUCAUGAUGGGAAGACAAACUCCGAUCUUAAGAAUAGGCUAUGAUGAUGGGAUGAGCAAAAAUUGAUAGAGCUGGCCAUUUAUUUAGCUUGGUGAGAAUUGGAUCGAGUGGAGAUGAGAUGUAAUGAAUUUGAUAUCGCAAUUAGGAAUUAGGAAUUAGGAAUUAGGAAUUGGGAA